AUGAACGUUCUACCUCCGCCAAUUGUGGUACAAACGAGACCAGGCUUCGAUAUUUGGGGGUAUGAAAACGUAUGGAAACAAAAAUUUUGUGAUUGUUGUACAAAUAGAAAUCUUUGUUGCUUAGUAUGUUGGGCUUGUCCAUAUGCAACAUAUCAUGUCUAUCAUCGUGCAGGUGAAAGUUGUAUUUCAUGCUGCUGGCCAAUGACACUAUGGUCAUUACGUACUAAAAUGCGCACUAUGUUUCGAAUAAAAGGCUCAGUAUGUACUGAUUGCUUAGCUGUACAGUGUUGUGGAUGUUGUUGUUGUGCUAUAGUUCAAAUGCAUCAUGAAUUGGAUUUACGUGGAUGUUAG